AGAGAAUAUGAUGUAUGGUUUAGUAAAUACCCACAGUUAGACCAAUGGUCCUUACCUCACAGUAUUUAUAUUCUGUCACAUGUAUUUUCAUGGGAUCAUGUGACUGCCUUGUAUAGGUGGACACUAUUUUGUCUGGUAGUUUUUGUAGGGUUGUUUUUGUUUUGUCUAUAGUGCUUUCUCUUAGUGAUAUAUAUAGAUAGAAAUGGAGUAAUGUAGGGCAAGAGAGAAAAAUACACACUGUAAAGAGGCACAGCCGCAAGAAGUGAAUGAGAAUGAAAUCAAUGGCAAUCUGCCAGUUGAAACAAUUCUAUCUUAUUUGUUAAAUAUUAAUUUAACAAAGAUUAAAACUUUCUUUAUGGUAUCAGAGCAACAAGGUCAAUAAGGAUCUUGAAACAACUCAAAAAUACAUUCAAAAAUUUAAUCUUUCUUUGCCAAGCAUCAGCACUGAUGGCAGCAAAAGGAGCAAAGGAGAACAAAGAAGAAAAGGAGAUAGCAGGAUAUCAUGACCCUUACUAUCUAUCCUCUGCGGACAACCACACAAUGCAAGUUGGAACCUUGAUGUUCACAGGAGGUAAUUAUUUAAACUGGAGUAGAAGUGCUAAAAUGGGUUUAGCAUCUAAAAACAAAAUGGGUUUCAUUAAUGGAAAAUUGUCCAAGCCUAGCACAGAUUCACCAGAUUAUUUUAAAUGGGAUAGAAAUGACAAUAUGAUUAGAUGUUGGAUUUUGAAAUCACUUAAAGAGAGUAUAGCUGCUAGUCUCAUGAAUGUUAAGUCUGCUAAGGAUUUGUGGGAAGAAAUUGCAGAGAGAUAUGCUCAGAGCAAUGCUCCACAAAUCUAUCAGUUAAAGAAGAAAUUAAGUGAUUUAGAGCAGAAUGAUAUGAGUGUGUGUGAUUACUACUGCAAACUAAGAGAAUAUUGGGAUCAGCUUAGUGACUUGGAGGCUAUACCGGAAUGUAGUUGUGGUGCAAUGGUGAAGUGCAGUUGCAACAUUGAGAAGAAAAUCAUGGAGAUGCAAGAGAGAGCUAGGCUGAAUGAUUUUUUGAUGGGAUUGAAUGGAAAAUAUGAGAAUAUGAGAGGGAAUAUCCUAGGGAUGGAUCCGCUGCCUAGUGUAAACAGAGCUUAUCACUUAGUGCAGCAGAUAGAAGCUCAAAAACAAAUGACAGAAGGAGUUUAUCAUGUGAGUGAUAUGAGUGCAUUAAAUGUACACAAGCACAGUGUGUCCCUUGGACCCCUUGAGCACUUCCAGAGGAAGGAUUAUAAGCAGAAGAUCUUGGAGAAGGCCAAGUUGAAAUGUGAUCAUUGUGGGAUGAGAGGGCAUGUUAAGGAAGGAUGCUACAAGAUCAUUGGAUAUCCAUCAAAGUUUCAAGAGAGAGGGAAGCCAAGAGGAGGAAUGAGGUAUGCAGCAAAUGUUGGUAAGCAAGAAGGAAGCAUAUCUGGAGACACCUUUUGAUGAGAAUGCAGGGGAUGGAAGCAUGAAACAAGAUGAGGGAUACAUUUCAGCAAUUGUUCAGCAAGUAAUGAAGGUGAUGUCUGAAAAACAACAAGCAUCUAGCAGUCAAUCAAGCAACUUUGCAGGACCCUACUGAAAAGAAAACAAUAGCCUAUGGAAGACAGGUGAAUGGUCUUUACAAGUUGUGCAUGGAUGUGAAGAAAGGGAUGGAAAGAGAAGGCAAGGAGGAUGAAGUCAAAGAGAUAGGAGUUAGUUGUAAUUCAAUGACUGUUAAAAGAAAACUUAGUUUGAAAACAAUUCAUGCUAGACUAGGGCAUGGCUCAUUGUCUAAGCUUAAGCACUUAAGUUUUUGUGAUUGUAAGAAUGUUCAGGUUUUGAUUGUGAUACAUGUUGUGUGGCUAAACAUCACAGGCUGCCUUUGCCUCUUAGUAUUAAUAUAGCUAGCAAGAUUUUUGAACUUAUUCAUGUUGAUUUGUGGGGGCCCUACAAGGUGCCAAAUAUAUCAGGUGCAAGAUACUUUCUUACUAUAGUUGAUGACUAUAGUAGAGUAACUUGGACUCAUCUUCUGAAAACCAAGGAUGAAGUUCAACAUCUUAUUGCUAGAUUCCUAGCUAUUGCUGAAAAUCAGUUUCAAAGCAAGGUUAAAAUAGUGAGAAGCGAUAAUGGAACAGAAAUAGUGAGAAAGGAAUGUGAUUUGCUUUUUGGUAAACAAGGGAUUGUUCA